UGUCCACCAUGACCUUGAAGACCGAGGGUGAACUGCGUGGCCUUGUCGCGGUCAUCCAAGAUGCCUUGGCGACCAAUGCGCUCAACGCGCUUGAGUCCAUCGCUAGUGAGCCCAUGGGACGUUGCUUCCUCGGCGUGGCCGGGUUCUUGGAGUUUGCGAUGGCAAAGGUAGGUGCUUUCACCAAGUCCAUUGCGCCAAGCGACGACGAAGUUGGCGCGGCAGAACAAGUUUUGUCGAUCGUGGCGAAGGUCAUGAAAGACGAAGACAACGCCGUGCACGCUGCGCAAUUGGGGUGGCACACCUUGUUGCUCAAACUCCUCCUCCACGACAACGAACUCAUCUCCGACGCAGCGUCGGAGGUUGUAGUCACCUGCGCCACGCACAACUGCAACACGACUGGCAUCAACAUCUCGUUUCCUUACACAACGCUGCCGUUGGAGCCACCGACUCGUCCGUGGCCGCAGCUCCAAGCGCUGCCGCGCGACGCCCGGGAUGCCGACGUCCCCGUCGUGCUGAUCCGAGCGGUGAAGCGUCGCAUGACGGGGCAGCCCAAGACUGGGUACCUAUUGUGGGGUGCGGCGGUGAUUUUGGCUCGCUGGAUCCACUUGCAUCGCGAGCUGUUUGACGGCAAGAGCGUGCUGGAAGUGGGCAGUGGCCUCGGACUCAGCGGCAUCGUGGCCGGAGCGUACAGCCUCCGAACGAUCCUAACCGACUACCAGCAAGACACGCUCAAAGCGCUAGCGUACAACGUCAUGCUGAAUCAAACGAUGGGCACUACGGUGGAGCAUUUGGACUGGGACCACUUGGACAAGACGAAUGAACAGGCCAAGGUGGAUCUAGUCAUUGCGAGCGACAUCAUUUGCGAUCCCACGACGGCAGAAGGCUUUGCCAAUGUCAUUCGAACCCGAUUGUCGACAUCCGGCGUGGCGUACUUGGUGAAUGCGACCGGCCACAGUCGAUUUGGAGUGGGGCGACUGCGAGAGCUGCUGCUCGCCCCACCCUUCGACACGACGAUUGUGCCCGUGGAGACCCUCCCGGACGGUCUUCGCUUGCUCGAUACGGUCUGGGAUGCCAAAGAACUGCGCUAUGAGCACUACACUAUCCGGCUCAAGUGAUUUCUGGGCUUAAGUCGAGUAUCAAGACCAGGUCAGCACAGAAGUCCAAAUAUUUUGGGUAAAACGCCAAUACUACAUAUUAGGCAAUUUCGAAUCGACUU